AUGUCGUCAUUCUCCCCAGCGGACCUAAGCAGCCUAGAUGAAAACUCCAAAAAGGAGAUUGCAACCUUUUUGGAAGCCGAGAACUCCAAGCAAAAGGUGCAACUGUCGAUCCACCAGUUCACUAAUACUUGCUUCAAGCAAUGUGUAACAUCAGUCAGUAAUGCGGAACUCAGUUCGCAGGAGGAGCAAUGUCUGAAUAAUUGCGUCAACAGGUUCCUCGACACCAACAUCAGAAUCGUGAAGAGCCUGCAGAGCAUUCAAUAA